AGGGGGUAGUCCUUGCUUCGUUCUUUUCACGUACUUAAAUCCCCCGCUUCAUCCUCUUCUCAAGGUCUCUUCCACUGCAUAGCCCCUUCCUUGCUCUUAACACCGAAAAGCCGAGGUCAGGGCCAACCCGAGUCACAAUGCAGGGACCAGCCCUCCGCUAUGCCCAGAUUUUCUUGGUAUCGCUACCUUCCUUCGUUUUGUUUGGAUACAAUCAAUCAGGCGUAGGUGGUCUGGAUGAUUUCACCUCCUGGAUCCGACAGUUCCCCCAAAUCGACACAGUAAACACAACCGGGACCCAGAAAAAUCACAAUGCCACCGUGCAAGGUGCAGUGGUAGCCUGCUACACAAUCGGUGCUCUCAUUGGAGCUCUUUCCUGUACUGCAGUGGGUGACGUCCUCGGCCGCCGGCGUACGAUCUUCGUGGGAGCGCUGGUGGCCCUGAUCGGGCAGGCCUUGGAGUGCACGGCGUUUGCUCUGUCGCAAUUUGUCGUGGGCCGAGUGAUCCUCGGCCUGGGCGUGGGCAUGCUGAGCGCGACCGUGCCAGUCUGGCAGUCCGAAUGCUCGCCUGCUGCGCAGCGUGGACGCAACGUGGUGCUGACGGGCAUGUUCAUCGCCCUGGGGUUCGCCCUGACGCAGUGGGUCAACUUCGGCUUCUACCACAUGCAAGCGUCCUCGGCGGCCUGGCGCGUCUCGCUGGCCAUCCCGUCCAUCUUCUCCUUCAUUGUCAUGGGCAGCAUCUUCUUUUUGCCGGAAUCCCCCCGCUGGCUGGUCAUGAAGAACCGGCCCGACCUGGCGCAGCGCACCCUCGCCGCCCUACGCGGCCAGGAGUUGGAAUCCAUCGAGGUCGUCGCCGAGCUGCGCGCCUUCGAAGUCUCCCUCGAGGAGACCUCCAACGGCAACCUGCGGCUGCGCGACAUCUUCACCAUGGGCGAGGAGAAGCUCUUCUACCGCUUCUGUCUGUGCAUCAUCCUGCAGUUCUUCCAGCAGAUGAGCGGCGGCACGCUCAUCUCCGUGUACAUCCCGACGAUCUUCGAGACCGACCUCGGCCUGGGCUCCAGCCUGUCCAAGAUCCUCGCCGCCUGCGCCCUGACCUGGAAGUUUCUGUGCUGCUUCGUCGGGUUCGCCAUCAUCGACCGCAUGGGCCGCCGCACCGCCUUCAUGGUCAGCGGCGGCGGCAUGUCGCUGUGCAUGCUGGCUCUGGCCGUCUCGAACUCCUUCCAGAAUAACCACACCGCCUCCAUCGUCUCGGCCUUCUUCAUCUUCUUGUACAACUUCUUCCUGCCCGUCGGCUUCCUGGGCGCCAACUUCCUCUACCCGGCCGAGGUGGCCCCUGCGCGGUUGCGCGUGGCGAUGCAGUCGUUUGCCAUUGCCAACCAGUGGUUAUGGAUGUUCGUCGUGGCGAUGAUCACCCCCGUCGCCGUCAGCGACAUCGGCUACCGGUACUACAUCGUCUACACCGUCAUCGCGGGCAUCAUCCCGCCCGCCAUCUACUUCUUCUACCCCGAGACCAAGAACCGGUCGCUCGAGGAGGUGGACGAGAUCUUCCGCGACUCGCGCUCCAUUUUCGAGGCCGUCUCGAUGUCCAAGCGGAAGCCCGUGGGCGAUCGGGUGGUCGAGCAGUUCAUGGAGAAGGCUACGGUCGAGCAGGUGGAAUAGUCGCCGUUGCCGCUAGAGCAUAAAAGAUAGAGUGCAGUGAUGAUGGGAUGUCUGUAUGGUCUCGAUGCAUAGAUGGCUUUUCUGGAUUUCGUUGCUUGCUCUUGCGUACGAUACUCGUCCUCCCUUGUGUGGGUGGAUGCGAUAAGUGCUAUUUCUAC